AGGAGCGCGUGUUUCUUGGCGCAUUUAAACGUCUCGACAACGGCUGCUGCGGCCGGUAUUUACUUGAGUGUGGUGUGACGUGCUGUUCAUAGGCACCGGCAAAGUGUGGGACUAGCUUGAAUCUCCAAAAAGCUGAAGAAUAACGCGAAGUCCGGCACUGGUGAAAUGCUGGCCACACCGGAGACUCCCCCCAUGAGCCAGUCCAUGGUGGUGAGAGAGGCUGAACACAUUGUGCACCGGCUGGAGUCACUGGCCACCACGCCCCUCGUCGACACUAGCCAAAUCACACUCGUUGACUUCACCCUUAGCAGCCCCGAGCUCAACCUGACUGGCACGCCUCGGUGCAAGCUUUUUGAGGAAAAGACUUCCAAGAAAAAGGACACCUUGUUGGAGAACGAGCUAUCUAUGGUCGAAGAGCAACUGGCAGCUGCUUCCCUGGGAACUAGCACACCGUUGCAGCUGUCCCCGAGCGUCCCCGCAUUCGGGGAGAGUUUCACGAUCUGCUCUACGAAUGCAGCUGCUUUGGAACCCUCCAACAGCAAAGGCUUGUCUCCUUUGACCCGUCCUGCGGAUAUUCAGCGCAAGGUCGCUUCUCCCAACGAGUUGCUCCCCAGUCUGUUGCGCUGUGCUCUGGAAGACGCUCCUUCCAGCAAGCCAUUCCAGCUUCGUGGUGCUGGGAGACUGGCAGACAGAGCACUGCAUUGGUUGUCGCCUUCAGCCAUCGAGAAUGGGGCAACGGGGCUCCACGCUUUGGAUAGAGCAACUGACGGCAACCUUGACAGCACUCCGCCUCCUCCACUGCCGGCUCUUGGGGAGUCUGUCAUCACCAGGGAAUCCCCAACGACUGACAGGGUAGCAUUGGAUGCCUCGCCCACAACAGAAGCCACGUUUGCCAUCUCUGAUAUUCUGCCUGCGGAAACCACGGCUUCGUUGGCCAAGACGGAUGCCAUUAUAAUCGGGGCAGGAUCGUUGGAGCAAUCUUCCAAAAGUGCAGCGCUGGCCGUCGGGACUCUUGCUUCCGAACCAUUGCCGGUGCUUGGGGAGUCUUUCACUGUUGCGGGAUCCCAGGCGACUGACACGGAGGCAUCGAAUGGCUUGGCCGUGGCCGAGACCACGUUUGCUGUCAUUCCGGAUGCUCCCCCCGUGGAGACGGCAGUGAAGGAGGCUCCGUUGACCAAGAUGGACACCACCAUGACCGGGGAGGUUCUGACGCAGCAGACAUCUUCCAAGAUGGCGACACAGGCCUCCAGAAACACCCCAUGCACUCCACUCGAAUCAUUGCCAGGUAUCGUGGACUCGUUUGUUGUUGCAACGGAAUCCCUGGCUGCUGGCGCAGCAGCAUCGGAUGGCUCAUCCAUGGCUGUAGCUGUAGCCGAGACCACAUUUGCCAUCCCAGAACCUGUGGAAAGGGCAGCGAAGCAGAUGGGUGAUAUUAGGCAGCUCAAAGAGGCCUUAGUGAAAGCCCUGCUGGUCACUGUUGGACUGUUUGUGUGCCGUCUGACCCUCUUUCUUGGAACCGACAGUCGGGGUUAUUGA